UCCUGUUUCAGCUGCCAGCUCCAGCUAACAACUUCGAUUGCGAUGGAAGGUUUGGACGAACUCGCCCACGAGAUCUUGAGCAGAGUCUUCGAAGGCGAUUGCGCCUUCUGUGAAAAAUGGAUAGCGGAAGACGAAUGUUAUGAAGUCGUCUACGACUUCUUGGGAGCCCCGUUGCGAUCUCACUGCGGCUGUGUGACGUACAACAUUGACCUUCGAGGUCGGGAAAUCACGAGGGACCUCCUCAGAGAUGAGUUGCUCCAGUCGCAGUCCGUGAAAUGCGUUGAGUGCCGGAGGCCGCGCGCAACCGUGAGCUGCCGAGACCAUUAUGUCCACUUCACCUGCGCCGAGAAUGACGGCGUCAAGCCGCCGAGGUGCAGCGCGUGUGCCGAAAACAAUAUUUCAAUGUGAGAGAGGUUCAUCUGGUGUCUGCAUAACAGUAGAGAAUAACGCCUGUUUGUCGUCGGGAGUCAGAUACUCCGACGCAGAUCUGUGAAUACUUUAAUGUAUAUAACGGAAUAAAUAUAUAUAUUUUUUUUCU